AGGACGAUAAUUUUUCAGACAAAUCCCAGACUGAUAUUGAUUCAUGCAAAUCUAUAUUACUUAGCAAGCACUUGCCAGAGGAGCAGCAAAAGAAUUUAGUAAGAGAGCACAUACCGAUAUUGAACUACAUGGUUCACAAGUUGAUACAUCAGAUUUCAAACGAAUCUGGGUUGGAUUUAAAGAACUUCAAUAUCUCUAUUCUUUACAUCAAAGAUGACACUAUUGACUUCCAGAUCGAUAUUUAUGAUGUCGAUAACUAUAAACUGAACAGAGAGGUCGUAAAAGCUCUCUCUGGUAUCCAAGUCGUGAGUACACCUCUUGACAUUGAAGAGAGACUUAAGGAGAAGGUUUUGCUCAGAAAUGAAAUGUUAGAGCAGUUUUAUUCAGCUAUUUUGGAUUCAAAUAAAGAAUUCAAGAAAAGUUUAAUACCUGUUAUCUUAUCUCAGGGAAGUGACAGGAUAAUUACUUGUGAGGUUGAUAACUUAAAUAACUACGCUGAGUUGAUUAGAAAUAUGUCCAUAUGAUAUUAGGCAUCGAAGAGGCAGCUAUUGAAUAUGAUGAAUGGAAAGAAGACGAGUACGGCACGAUUGAAGGUGUCAGAAAAGUCUACCCCACCGCAAGAAACUACUCCCAUAUCUUCAUAAAGAAAUUCUACAAAAGCUUCCUAUCCGAAAUUCUACCUGAAGUAGAACUUGAGACAAAAGAUGAGACAAAGCUUUCCUUCAUCAUUCAGGGAAACAUCGAAAAGACUGAGGAAUUCCUAUCUGCUAUAUCCCGACUUGAUGACUGCAUCUCAACCAAGUCAAUCAAGAUAGAUCAGAGCGAUAAGAUCCUGAUGUUCCAUCAGGAUCUUCGGUCGAAGAUCAUUAUUGAAGCACUUGAAGCAUGCUUUGAGAAGGACAUGAGGGAGAUUACACAGGUUUGUGAACCGGUUAAUUCGAAGAUGGUUGAGAAUAGAAGAGCGUGGAAUGUGGCUGACUGAUUUGUGGUGGAGAUCUGUGAAGGGUUUAAUGUAGAGAAUGAUACGGUGAGAGGUGGGGGGAAGGAUCAGUCAGGGUCUAUGGGGGGAGGCAGUUUUUAUCAGAUUUCGGAGUACUUUUUGAAGCCGAAGAAGGAGCAGAUGUGUGUGAGGUGGAUUAUGAGAGGGGAACAGGAUGAUGGGAAUACUGAUGAAGAGUUAGCUAAAUAAAUUUACAAAUUUUAUGAAGAGAGGCAAGAAACGUUGGAAGUUAUUCCAAAAGAAAUUGAAAGAACUAAAAGAGAAAAAGAGAGAACAAGUGAUAAAAAUCAAAGCUCCUGAGGGAGACUCAGCUACUGAUUUCAUGAACGAUUUGGAUGAAUUACAAUCAAAAUACCAGACUUUCCUGAUCUUCAUCCAGGUAGAUCACACUCACAUUGAAAUUUAUUACUGGGACAACGAAGCUUUAGCAAAGCAAGUUAAGGAAGAGAUCAUUGCAAAAUAUUGUGCUGAUCAGAAUGAUCAAGAGGAAGAAGAACAGAAGGAGCAUGUUGAGAAACCUGAAAAAUCCCCAAGGAAGAAAAAUAAAGCACAUGAUGUGUCCAAACAGAAGGAAAUACCUGAUAAUGAGCAAGCUGAGGAAGAUCAUGAGACAGAUAAUGAGACUAGUAAUGUCUCUGAGAGUGAGAUGAGUGAGAUUACACGCAUGCCAAGUCAUGUCAGCGAAGCUCCUACUCCUAGGAAUCAUUCAAAGAAGAAUCCCAAGAAAUCUCCUACAAAGCUGUUUAGAAAUGCUCCAAAGAGGGGUGUUAGUGAUUCAGAUACAGAUUAAAAGACAAUUGAUGCUUAAAAUUCAACUAAAAAUUAUUGAACU